UGCUUUGCUGCAUCAAGAUUCAAGCACAAAAACUCUCACUGGUAACAGAGAAUCACAAUGGCCUCUCCUUGUUUGCUUCUGUCCAUUGGGAAUGGUGCUGGUCUUCCCGCAGUGGUGUGGCACUAGCCCUAGCAGUAGAAGUAGCUCUACACUUACCUGCACCCUUUGAUGCCACAUAUGGUUUCCAAGCCUCCACCCUCGUAGGACAGGAUCGUCAGGAGGAUAGUUACACCCAUCCCAUUCAAUGGCUUGAGUGGGAAAGUCGCGGUGCCCAUUUUUAAAUCCAAAUCCAAGUCCAGGUCCUCUUGCCAUUUUUGAUCCUUGAAGCCUCUCAGGAACUCACCUGAAGGAAAUCAUCAGCAGUUCAGAUGUGGCCGAAGUCUUGAAGGCUGCAUCAUCUCAGUAGGGAACUGAGGAGCGCCAGAUCGUGCAGCUCUUUCCAGCAAGCUUGCCGAGCUUUGUGAGUAGCUAGCCAUGGAGGAACAGCAAAAAGCUCCGAGCUUUCUUGAUGUGCCCAAGGAUAUCCCCAUCGCCACCAAGUCCCUCACCAUCAGGACCAGUGCUACUGGAUGCGGCUGCGGCUCCGACCGGUCCGCCCCCAUCUCGCCAGCCAUCUCCAUCACACCGCACCUCUACUCGCCGUCGCCGCCGUCAUCCGCGUUCGUGUCGGCGCUGCAGUCCCCGUACAUCUCGCCUCGAGUCCUCGAGCCGCCGGUGCCGGCGCCGCAGCCGCAGCCGCGCCAGGAAACCAAGGCCGCCGCCGUCAGUGCCACCACCACCGCGGCGCCGUCGCCGGUGUCAUGCUCCAACGGUUCCCACUCGGAGGAUAUCGACGCGCCCAGCGCGUCCCGCACGCCGCCGUCGGAGCGCUACGACUCCAGCGGCAUCGACGCGGCCAAGAUUUCCGACGGCGGUGGCGGUUGCGGCGCCGGCGGCGGCCCCCUUCAGCCACGCGUGUCCUUCUCGUUCCCUGUGCCGCGGGUGUCCUUCACCAGGGGAUCCGUGGCGUCGCCGUCCUCCAACGCCAAGCUCCGGAGCUGCGAUGUGUACAUUGGCUACCACGGCAACGGCGGCCUCGGCAGGUUCUGCAAGUGGCUCAAGUCAGAGCUCGAGCUGCAAGGCAUUGCUUCGUUCAUCGCCGACCGCGCCAAGUACUCGGACUCACAGAGCCAUGAGAUUGCCGAUCGGAUUAUUUGCUCAGUGGCAUUUGGUGUUGUGGUGGUCACCAUGUCAAGUUUCCUCAAUCCAUUUAGCCUUGAGGAGAUCAGAUUCUUUGUUCAGAAGAAGAAUCUUGUGCCUAUAUUGUUUGACACUGAGCCGUCAGAGAUUGCAGGGCUUUUUGAUGGAAAAUUAGAGGAUAAGGAGGGGAAGGAAGCAUUUGAAGGGCUGAUGCGGUGCCAUGAAUUCAAGCUUGAGGCGAAUGAGAGCAAUCCAAGGAGCUGUGUGUUGAGGACAGUCACUCUACUGCGGUCCAAGCUUGGUCGGAAGAAUAUCGCUGAGAAGGAGAAUGAGGCGUAUGAGGGCCUGCCUUUUCCACGCAACCGACAUUUUGUGGGAAGGGAGAAGGAGCUGAGUGAAAUUGAAGGCAUGCUCUUCGGGUCAACGGUGGAUAUCCAAGAAGUGGAUUGCCCAAGGGGUUCCUGUAAAAAUGAAAGAUCAAGCGGUGUGUCUGAUGGGUUUGCCGAUGAAGACAGUGAUACCGCAAGGACAUCUAAUGCCAGAUUCAUCAAUUUGGAGAUGCGCAAGUGCAAGGAGCCGACAUUGGAGGCUUGGAUAGAUCCAGUCAUUGAGUUGUCAUCUGGUAAAGGGAGAAACCUUCAGAAGCAAAGAUCAAAGCACAGUAGGUCAAGGUUUCGGUGCAACAGCAAGAGCUAUGGCAGUGCCAACAUAGUCUGCAUCAAUGGCUCUUCAGGCAUUGGCAAGACUGAACUGGCAUUGGAGUUUGCUUACCGGUACUCGCAGCGGUACAAGAUGGUGCUGUGGAUUGGAGGCGAAGCUCGGUAUUUGAGGCAGAACAUACUCAAUGUAUCCUUGAGUUUGGGAUUGGAUAUCAGUGCAGAAGCCGAGAAGGAGAGGGGUAGGAUACGGAGCUUUGAGGAGCAAGAAUUUGAUGCGUUCCAGCGGGUGAAGCGGGAGCUGUUCCGCGAUGUGCCCUAUUUGCUCGUAAUUGACAAUCUUGAGAGUGAGAGGGAAUGGUGGGAAGGCAAGGAUCUCCAUGACUUCAUCCCAAGGACUACUGGAGCGACGCAUGUCAUUGUGACCACACGUUUGCCACGUGUGAUGAACUUUGAGCCAAUGCAGCUACCACAACUCUCCUACAUUGACACAAUGGCCUUGAUACAGGGGAAAAGGAAGAAGGACUACCCGCCUGAGGAAACAGAAGUUCUCAGGAAGUUUGAUGAGCGGUUAGGCAGGCUGAGCUUUGGUCUGUGGGUUGUCGGUUCACUGCUGUCUGAGCUCAUGAUUGCUCCUUCCACUCUAUUUGAGGCUGUUGAGAGAAUAUCACUGAGCGAGAAUUUGUUCCCCAUUGGUGCCAAUGAUGAUGGCUUUUGCCGUAACAAUUCUUUCUUGAUAAAGGUCUUGGUCUUCUGUUUUGCAUUGAUGGACCGAGCAAAAGGAGGAAGCCUUACCUCAAGAAUGGUCAUUGCUGGUUCUUGGUUAGCUCCUGCUCCUGUGUCAUCUAUGCUAUUAGCUGCAACAGCGAGCAAACUACCAAUGAAAGGCAGUAGUAUGCACCUGCUAGGUGAAUCCCUCAAGACUGCAUUUCUAUGUGGCACACAUUGCUUUCUAGCUCCACAUGGACGGAAGGCUGAUGUGGAGUCGGCACUCUUACUUGUUAAUCUUGGGUUGGCAAGAAAGGCAACUCGGCAUCCUGGUUGCUGGAUCCAGUUCCAUCCGAUCACACAACUCUUUGGUAAGAUCAGGGGAGGUUUGUCACCAACAACUGCAGCAGUGAAUGGAGUAAUGAGGGCUGGAAACCCCUCAGUAUACUCUGACCAUCUGUGGGCUAGUGCAUUCCUUGUGUUUGGUUUCAAGUCUGAGCCACCUGCUGUUCAGCUUAAAGCAGUCGACAUGGUACUCUUCAUAAAGAAGACGGCACUGCCGUUGGCAAUCAACUCCUUCAUGACGUUCUCGCGGUGUGGCUCAGCUUUAGAGCUGCUCAAGGUGUGCACUAAUGUAAUUGAGGAGGUGGAGAAGACUUAUGCGUCACGGAUGCAGGAUUGGAACCGUGGGUCGUUAUGCUGGAGGAAGAAGCUGCAACCGAACCACCAUGUUGACGAGUUUGUCUGGCAGGAGGUGACGCUGCUCAAGGCAACACUGCUCGAGACAAGGGCGAAGCUGCUGCUUCGAGGUGGGCUAUUCGACACUGGCGAGGAGUUGUGCAGGACCUGCAUUAGCAUCCGGACAGUCAUGCUUGGCCAUGGUCAUGCCCAAACACUAGCUGCUCAGGAGACAUUGGCAAAGCUGGUCAGAUACAGGAGUAAGAUAUGACUAUAUGAGAUGAUACCCGAGGCCCUUGUGAGGUCUUUGUAAUGUGAAAUUCCUCUGAUAUUGUGUUAUAAAUGUAUCAGAAGUUUUCACAUUUCAAUAUUUCCGCAUCUGAAAUUUCUCAGCCGUGGAAGGUUGUUUCUGGCACCUGGUUUCGAGCUAUUCGCUGUGAAUGAUGACAAGUUCAUGGACAACUUUGUGGCGCCUGGUGUGAGGAAUGGAAUCGGAGGAUCAAGGGAGUCAGCAGAUCAACUGUUGGAUGCUUACCAAGUUGGGUUUGCGCAUAUUUUUGGUGGCUGUUCAGAGGGAAAGAACUCAAUCAGAGUCAUAAUGGCACUAGCACUGGGUAGAUCUCUCUUCCCUCUCUCCAAAAUGGAAAGUGUGUAGUGUGGGCUAAAAGUGACAGCAGGUUGUCAUGGUCACUGUUGGAUGCGGAAUUGGCCGGGAUGUGGCUUCACACUUUAAUUUGCUGGUCAAAGAAGGUUUAGUGGCCCCAAACAUAGAAAUGCCAGAGCUAAUACCUGCCUUUCGCCUCCUAAUCCUACCGGAGACAAGCGAGAUACAAUACUUGGACUUCACUCGCCAGGAGUGAAUUAGUGAAUGCAUAAUACUCUACUGCUAACUGUGAUGAUGUGAUCUCUGCCGUGCAAUGAUCGAUGUGAGGUGUGUUGCUUGUUUUUUUCCGACGGGUUGGCUGGAUCUUGUUGUGAAGAUGGAUGCCGGCCGGUUGGAGAGUCAGGGAUUCACCUGGAUCACUUGCUGGUUGCUGCUGCUGAGAGUGAAAACUGGUUCUCUUUGCUGGAGCCUAGCUAAGCUCUGGGUUGGGACUUAAGACCAAAAGGUAAGGCGAAACCUUGCGGACCCCCAGGCUUGUAUUAUGCUUCUGCUUCUGCUUCUCCUGAAAUUUGACUUGCCAUCAACAAAUCAAAAUUGUUAUUUGGUACAAUAGCCAUGCUUCAUGAAGCCAUAUGUAACUUGAGUUGUACAGUACAGUUCAGUUGUUAUUUGGUAGAACUUUAUAUUCUUCUUACUAUUGAGUAUCCCAGAUGAAACUUUCAGAAAUGAAAAUGGCCUUCCUUUUAUCAUCUAGAGAAUGGCUUCGGUGAACAAAGAGCUUGAUAACCUGUAGUUGCUGCGAAAGUGCUGUAUGUUUCCUGCUUUUCUCUGAAAGGACUUGCAUUCAUGAGCUAAUCUGUAUUUGUAAAAUAACUGCACAUCUGCAAUAUUGUGCAGACAAUUUUUCUGUAAGUGCACAAUUUUUUU